AUUCUUGACAGUCAGUUCCCGAUAAUAAUGAGGGUAAACCCGGAGAAAGCCCUCUCCACAUGAAGUUGUGGAAGCAUGAGACAUCACCGCCAAGACCAAAAAAGGAAUGUGGGAAUUCUCCUGACCUCCCUCAAAUGCAAAGCGGGAUAGGAAUAGGAUGAAAUGACCUAUCAAGUUGAUAGAUUGACUCAUCGAAAGGUUUUUAUGGCGUGGUGGAAGAUUCUUGGAGAUUCUUGUAGUGAGAAUUGACUCAUUAUCACUGCCACAAUUAAACCAUGGCAACGACUUGUGUUAUAUGAUAUCUUGUCGAGGGUUCAGUUCCAUUUACACGCGAUGUAUUUGGCACUGUAUAAGAUCAUGAUAUAUCCUCUGAUCAGAGAGAUGUACACACCUUUCUGUGUCUUCUAAUUCCUCUAUUCAGCGAAAUGACACGAGUUUUAAACCUUUCUAAGCUCUUUUGUGCGUUUGUUCUUGCGGCUCAAAUACAUGCUGCUAAUGUUCCACCACCAUGGCGUCCUGAUCCUGGACUAUGGUCACCUAUUCAUCCUCCUCCAAUUCCAGAUCCUGUUCCUACUACAUGCUCUACAUCAACUGUUAGCAUAGAAUGUAAAAGUACGUAUAUCGACCUUUCACUUUUCGUUUAUCUUAUUUGCGUAUUCUCAACUCCUCAACCAAAAUUUCAACAUCCAUCCCCUUCCUUACCUAACAAUUUCUAACUUCUCUCCCAGAUAACGCUUGCCAAAGUGCCUGGGCAACAGCCUUUACAUCCUCCAAUGUCUACGUGCAAUCUUUCUGUUCAUCAUUCACCUCUUUAGGCCGCCAAAACACCAACAAAUUCGAUAGAGGAGGUCCUGCAACCGGAUGCACAAGAGGUCUCAACAAUGCUGCUAUCCAAUCUUCCAUCUCAUCGGUCUGCUCCUGCUAUGCAGGCCCAGGAGUACCCACCCAAGCAUUCAUAACCAUCUGUCCCAGCUGUCCACCCAUCCAAACCCAAAUCCAAGCCCAAACAAUCACAACCUCAAUACCCACCACCAUCACAAAAACCGCCAGCCAAAGUACCAAAACAAUAACCACAAUAAUAACGCUAAUCAUCGACCCCCCACCUCCCAGCCACAUCACCACCACCACAACCGAAAAAACAACCCUCACAAACCCAAGCUUCAAGUUCGGCCUCUGCACCACAACAACAAACAUCAACCUCGUAACCACAACCCAAGUAACCGCAAUCUACGACUACUUCACCUGGACCACAAUACUGACCACCACCUACCAAGCCGGACGCUAUCCGUGCGCCACAACCAUCUGUACAUGUCCGACGCCCACCCCCACCAUAUCAACUAUUACCUAUACACCCGAAAACUGCAACGACGUAAAUCCCUCGCAAACCAGCACCAUAACAAACGAUCUCUCCUUUUUCCCAUCUCCAGCUUUCGCAACGCUAACCUGUGAUUCUAUCACAACUACAACUACAACUACAACUACAACUAUAACCCUCGUAAUCGAUCCAUUACCUAUCGAAUACACCAUUACGGAAACAGUAACCGCGGAGGGAUCUGGAGUCUGUACGACAACGACAACGACAACGGCUACGGCUACGAAGACGGAAUCGGAAUCGGAAACUACGACGUGGGAUGAUGAUGGGUUUUGGCCUUUGCAAACACUUUCACCUCUUAUAGACUUAUCGCUUACGCUUACGGAUGAGAGUGCUACGCCGACGCAGACAUUUUCGCAGAUUCUUAUUGAUGUAGGGGGGUGACUUGGAGGGAGACUGAUAUUAGUAUUAGUACUAGUACUUUGGUAGCGGCUAGUUAGAGGUAAUAAUAGUGCGGGGGAUGUGGAGCUGUAAUAGAAGGUGAGGCAAGGCGGAAUAUUAAAGUAGUUGACUAGCUGGCCAUGGGUUAGGAAUGCGAAGUGAUGAAGUGGAGUUUAGUUAUUUGAGUGAGGAUUGUAUGGAUGAAAGAGCAAAUGAACUUGGACAGGGCUAUUGAUAAUGCAGGUUAGCAUAGGAGUAGUGAUGAGUGG